AUGCUUCCACUCCCGCCGCAUUUCCACCCGCUUCAGGCGCUCUGGCCGUCGCUCUUCACCCCCUCCGCGCUCUCGCUGCCAUCGCAGCAGCUCGCCGAAUCCCUUUUCGACGUCGCAGGCUUCGUCGUAUUCGCGACUCUCUACACGUUCGCGAUCUCGUUCGUCUUCCCAUGCCCCCCGCAUCAGCCGCUCAUGCUAGGCAAAAGUGUGAGGGAGUAUAGAGGAUGUGUGAGGGAGUGUCAGGGAGUGUGUGCAGGUAUGAGUGCUCUGGCCGCUCGCCCUGAUAGCGUCCGGGUUCUACCUCCGGAAGAGCAUCCCCGAAUUUACCUGGGCUCUCUCCCUCGUCCUCCCUCAUACACUGCUGCUCAUCAUCCAGAUUAUUUCAGAAGGAGUCGCCAUAGCAACAAAGCAAUCACUACCAGUCAAGUAAGUUCGCUGCAAGCAGCUAAGCUCCCUCCCUUCCUCCUUCUGUCCUUGAGGCCCCUAGCUUGUCUCAAGUUGCCUGACCUCAUACUUUGCCUCACACACUCUACUGCCGCCUCCACUCACUCUCUCUUCUCCCCUACCCCCUUCUCCUUCCCGUAUCCAACCCCUGACAUAUCCCCCCUUAGAGCUCUCAUCCCCCCACUAUACAACGCUCGCCGCAUGUUCUCUCUCUACAAGUGGCUCGCGCACUCUGCUGCUGCCGUGCUCCCUCUCAUGGCUUCAAGCACAGCGAGGGCAGGCAGUGGCAGCGUGUGGCGCCUGGUGUGGCUGGGCACGCUGCUAGCGUGUGCAGUGACGAACUACUUGCUGUGGGCGUACAACAUCUUCUGCUUCCUGCUGCCCACCGUUGUGCCUCGCAUCUUCGAGCAGGACAUCGCCUCAAGAGCUGCGGCUGGUGCCAUUGCCACACGUAGAGUGGAAGCAGCAGACGGUAUCAGUGGUAGUAAAGGCAACAAGGGUGGUAAGACUCUCUAG